AUCCUUGAAACACAUAUCCUGAAGGAAAUUGUCCAGGAGACCGUCGACAGUGCUUUAAGCGAGUGUUGUGACAAGGUCUUGGAUGAAUGUGCAAUGCAUAAAAUUGAAUUUAGCGAGCACGUUGACGAUAGUAAGACCGACUUACGCACCACAGCCGACGAUUGUAUGAAGGAGAUGGAAGAACACGCCCAAAAGCACAUGGAUGAAUUAGAAGAGCAAGCGCAACAGUAUAUGCAUAGGAUUGAGGAUCAGGCAGCAGGGGCUGAGAUGUCUGCGGAUAAAACGGGACUCGAUUUAAAGCGAUGGUUGGAAACGUCUGCCCAGUCUCGACCUGCGAGCAAAUCAAGGCCUAGCCAGGGGGUGCUGAGCACCAAGGGCAGACGCAGCUCCUUCUAG